AUGGCUUUCAUAACGCCGGCAUCGUGCACCCAACGGUCUCUCUCACGCCUUCUUGCACUCCCUCCACAUAUUCGACGCAACCUAUACUCAACGGCCGCCUCGUCCUCCAAGCCUGAAAUCUAUGAUCUCGUCUGCAUCGGAGGCGGACCGGCUGGUCUGUCCCUCAUCUCAGCGCUGCGAUCCAAUCCCUCCACCCGAAACCUCAAGAUUGCUCUGAUAGAUUCCCAAGAACUGUCUCCGCGAACUUCCAACGAUCCCAACAAUUACUCCAACAGAUGUUCAUCCUUGACGCCAUCUUCCGUCAGCUUCCUCCAGCAGAAUGGGGCUUGGGAUCAUAUUGAUGUGUCACGAGUACAGCCAUACCAUAGCAUGGACGUGUGGGACGGCGUGAGUGGGAGCAAGAUUCAAUUCGACCCAAUGAGCUCGGGAGGCUCCAUACUCGACAGCAUUGCUCAGAUGAUCCCGGGGAGUCGGUUGGCGGAGAGCAGGAGGCAUGACAUUGUCGAGGUCGCAACAAUGUGUGAAAACUCCAACCUGACUUCAGGUUUGCUGCAACGACUUGGGCAGGCGGGAGUGGCCGUUGAAACUUUGGACAAGACCAAGGUGCAGUCCAUUGAAUUGGGACCGGAGCCCGUAGACGAAAAAUCGCUCGAUCUAUCGCAGUGGCCCAUCGUCACUCUGCCCGACAACCGGUCUUUGGCUGCGAGAUUGCUUGUGGGUGCAGACGGUGCCAACAGUCCUGUACGCCAGUUUGCCGGCAUCUCAAGUCAUGGCUGGGACUACAACCAGCAUGGAGUGGUGGCCACCCUGCAGCUUGAUCGUGCUUUCAGUGAAUUUGAUCUCCGCACUGCCUACCAACGCUUCCUGCCCACAGGGCCGAUUGCGCUGCUACCACUCCCAGGAAACAAGGCUAGCUUGGUGUGGUCCAUCUCCGCACAGCACGCUCCUAGAGUGAAGCAAAUGACACCCCCGGAACUYGUGGAGAUGGUAAACGCUGCUUUCCGACUCAUGACAGUAGACAUCAACUACCUUUUAACAAACCCAUCUGCUUCUCCAUCGGAGGAGCUAUCAUGGCGCGAAUCCAACACCGAGGCUGUCGAGACUGGGCUGCCCUCGAGUCUUCCUCGAGUCAUUGGUAUCCAAGAAGGAACAGUAGCUUCCUUUCCACUCCGCAUGCGCCACGCAUCAACCUACACCGGCCAUCGCGUGGCCCUCAUCGGAGAUGCCGCGCACACCAUUCAUCCACUCGCCGGUCAGGGGCUGAAUCUCGGACUUGCAGAUGCAGAGGCAUUGGCGAAGCUCGUUGCUCGAGGUGUCGACCAUGGCAUGGAUAUUGGCAGCUGCUGGUGUUUGGAUGACUAUGAUUCUAAGCGCUGGGCGGCGAAUAACGCUAUGCUUGGUGUGGUCGAUAAGUUGCAGAAGCUGUAUUCGGCUAGCUCGGGGCCGGUGGUGUGGGGAAGGAGUCUGGGGUUGGAUUUGGUGAAUAAGUUGGCGCCGCUGAAGGGUGCUUUGAUGGGUGCUGCUGCUGGGCGGUGA